AUGCUGGGGAGAAACAUCACUCUGGUCAGCGAGUUCAUCCUGGUGGGCUUCCCCACCGCCCCGUGGCUGCAGGUCCUGCUCUUCUUCCUCUUCCUGGUGGUCUACCUGCUGGUGGUGGUAGAGAAUCUUGUCAUCAUGCUCACUGUCUGGGUCACUGGCUCCCUCCACAAGCCCAUGUACUAUUUCUUGAGUAGCUUGUCCUUCCUGGAGGUCUGGUAUGUCUCUGUCACUGUCCCCAAGAUGCUGGACGGGUUUCUCCUGCAGAGACGGCACAUCUCCUUCACAGGCUGCAUGACGCAGCUCUACUUCUUUAUCUCGCUUGCCUGCACGGAGUGUGUGCUUCUGGCAGCCAUGGCCUAUGACCGCUAUGUGGCCAUCUGCCACCCUCUCAGAUACCCGGUCAUCAUGACCACAGGUUACUGUCUGCAGCUGGUGGCUUUCUCCUAUAUGAGUGGUUUCAUGAUCACUGUUAUCAAGGUCUACUUCAUUUCAUGUGUCACUUUCUGUGGCUCCAAUGUCAUGAACCACUUUUUCUGUGACAUCUCACCAAUCCUCAAACUGGCCUGCAAAGACAUGUCCACAGCAGAGGUAGUGGACUUUGCUUUGGCUAUUGUCAUUCUUGUCUUCCCACUAUUUACCACCAUCCUCUCCUAUGUCUACAUUGUCUCCAGCGUUCUGCGUAUACCUUCCACCCAGGGAAGGAAGAAGGCCUUCUCCACCUGUGCAUCCCACCUCACUGUGGUCAUAAUUUAUUACACAGCCAUGAUUUUCAUGUAUGCUCGGCCCAGAGCUAUAGCCUCGUUUAACUCCAACAAACUAAUCUCAGCUGUGUAUGCAGUCCUCACGCCCAUGUUAAAUCCAUUCAUCUACUGCCUGAGGAACCAGGAAGUCAAGAAUGCUAUCAAAAAGACAGUGGGUGUUGGCCAGUGCCUCCUGCUCAGCUGA